AUGGAUCAACGGAGUCUGCAAACUGCAAACCGCCAAAGUUGUCAAGGUUGGCAUAUUUGGCUCUACAAGUUCCUGUAUGUAGUACAGAUCUUCAUUCUUUCAGGAAUGGUAUAUUACUAUUUUCAGGAGUCUGUGGGGAAAACAGCUCCUGACCAUGACAUUGCUGGGGAAUCAUCACAGCCCAUAGGAGAGACCCUAAGGCCACUGUGGGGGCUGAUGGAUAAGUGCUACCCCACGACCACUCAGAGACGCAGAGUCAGGAGUGGGAAGCAGCAAGCUUCUAAGGCCACCCCCCCCAAGGCAACGGGAGGACUGAAGGAUGCUGCCCCCAAGGAAGGGACUGACAUCCUGCCUCAGGAUAAAGGGGAGGUGAGGUCCUCAGGACCGGAAGCAGCCUGCCCCACUCCUGCUGGGAAGGAAGUGGCUGAGGAGAAGGAGGUGGCAGGGACCCCAGGUUGUGAGGGAAAGAAAACAGUCCAAAGGGAGACUGCUCUAUCUCCUUCUGAGGCCUCUGCAGUGGAGAGCAAGGAGGAAAGGCCUGGGGGGUGGGUCCCCCAGCUCCUGAGGAAGCUCCGGCUUGGCUGGUUCCUGGCCCCUCACAGCCCCGAGACUCAGAAGCACGAGUGACAAACUCCAAUAAAUGCACAAGGUGAUGCCAGGGUGGCCCCGCUGCCUCCUUUCAGGGCCUCACCACCCAGUGUGGCCUGUCUACACUCCCUGUCCCAAAAAGUUGCAGGAAUACUACACCCUGCCACCUGGCCUGACACAGCACAAUAGUGGGUACUCUGGAGAGGCUAAAAGGGCCCUGGCUAGCCUUUGACUCCAUGUCAAGGGACAGACCAAGUUCCCUGAUUGCUGAGAGCUGGGGAGCGCCCAGUCAUGAGGGCAUCUAGAAGACACUGGUGGAAUUUGCCAGGGGUGCUCUUGAUGCUGUUAGUUGGGGGGCUUCUGCCCUGAGAGUCUGAGGUCCCUAAGCUGUUAACUAAAUACACCAAGGGGUCUCCCCAAGAGUGAGUAAGCAUAGUCAUUAAGAAGCCCUUGGGUGCCGCCUUUGUCUCAAUCUAGAGCCAGUUCAUUCUGGGGGUGGGCACAGGUGGUGGAGGGCAGGUUAACAAGGUCACAGCCCUAGAGUCAGGGCAGGAAGUCAGGACCCAGAUGCCAUCUGGUGCAAUCUCAUUGGCUGAAAGGAAGACAGAAGCCCAGGGUCACACAGUGUUGUGACAAGGACUAGAGCCAGGGUGUCCUCCUUCAAGGUGCUCAUGUGGCCUCCUCCUGCUGUGGCCACCCAUUGACACAUGGGUCCAAGGUUCCACCCCUG